GUGAAACCCCAGUCGGAAAACCGCGAAAGCUUGACGACCAUCACCACGACCCUCCGAAGAUAAUUUCCCUCUUUAAUCCGCACCCUCCAGCAAUCACCACCAUGCUGUCGAGACAAGCCCUUCGCACUUUCCGAGCGGCAGCUCCGGUCGCUCGUCCCCUUGCCGCUCGCCGGACCUACGCCGCCGCUUCCGCCGCUUCGGAGAACGUCAUUCCUCCCCUGGCCGUCUUCGGUAUCGAUGGCACCUACGCCACGGCUCUGUACACCGCCGCUGUCAAGACUUCCACCCUCGACCCGACCGCCAAGUCCAUCGCGCAGCUCAACGCCCUCGUCACCAAGGACACCAAGCUCUCCACCAUCCUUUCCGAGCCGACCCUGACCGCCGAGGACAAGUCCGCCAUCGUCACCGAGCUCAAGAAGCACGCCGGUGCGUCCAACGAGACCGUCAGCAACUUCCUCGCCGCGCUGGCCGAGAACAACCGCCUGGGCAUCCUCAAGGGCGUCUGCGAGAAAUUCAGCGAGAUCAUCAGCGCCGCCAAAGGUGAAGUCGAGGUUGUUGUGACUUCUACUCAGCAACUGGACAACAAGACCCUCAACAGGCUCGAGACCGCGGUCUCCAAGUCCCCCUACGUCGGCCAGAGCAAGAAGCUCAAGGUGACGAACCAGGUUAACCCCGAUAUCCUUGGCGGUCUCAUCGUCGAGAUCGGCGACCGUACCAUUGACCUCAGCGUCUCCGCCAAGGUGGCCAAGCUGAACAAGCUCCUCACGGACACUCUGUAAAACUACCAAACCAAACCAAUGCCAUGCGUACUUUCUUGAUCUAGUUUAUUUCCCUUUGUGCGGCAUGGAUGGAGCGGGGAGCGGUAGGAAGGCCCGUCUGGAGCUGCGGAGGGCAGGGUGACGGAAAUUCUGAUCAAUUCUCGAAGACAUAGAUGUGGGUUGGGCUUGAUUGUGCAUAUAGCCAGCAGAGACAGCAGGAACAAACACGCUUCACCAUCCUAAUGAUUCCUACGACGCAUGUCCAGAGACCGAAUCGUGAUCUGUCCUGAUAUAUCAGGAUAGAGGACAUGCAACAUACCUGCCUUGUACCGUUGCAACGGAGGCAAACGAACAUAGGUUUUCAAAUCAUGUUUCUCAAAAGGUUCGGGCU